UCCUCAAAUAAUCAGCAAUUUCUGCUGUAAAAGUAAUAUUAUUAAUUAUGUUGCACAAUAUAAACGUUUCCACAAUUUUUUUAACUGGAUUUACAGCAUAAUUGACUUUUAAUGAUGAACUUGAAAAUAAUAUUUUGGAUCUUUAUAUAAAAGAAGUGAUUCAUCCGCAAAAAAUUAUUUUUCAUGAAUUCAACUUUAAUUAAUGAUUCGUCUUACAUUUCAAUUAAUUAUUUAAAUUUACUGCUUGACGAACCAAAAAGCAAGUAGGAGAACAGAAUGCACUUUACUGUAUUUAACCGUAAAUAUCUAAAAAAUCUAUUAUUUCACUUUUAAAGCUCCUUUCAGCAAAUAGUUCCGUCCUUGCAGCAAUUUAAUGCUUUUCUUUGUUUACGUUUAGCUAUGAUGGAUGUUAUGAAGAUCCAGUCAAGAUUCACUUAGUGCUUACUGUAUUUUGUUAAAUAUAUUAAGUAUUGAUUUAAAAUAUUAGAUUAUUGACAUUAUGUUUUAGACUAUAACUUUAUUCCAGCCAGUCAAAGCAUAGUGCUGUAAAUUGUGGGUAAAUAAAAACAGUCAAAAUCCUUGCAAAACAAAUGUGAAGGCACCAAACGAAAAGAAAAAUAAAAAAUUUGAAUUUUAUAGCCAUAAAAUACUUCAAUUAAUAAGUGUUCUAGUAAUCUAUCACAUUAAUUAACAUAGUUAUAAUGUCCGUAAAUGCUCAUAAAGUGUAAAAGUGCAAUUGAGGUAUUGAAAUAGAUUAAAAUAAGUAGAAAAUAAGAGUUUUUAAGAAACAAUAACAAAAGUCUUUGGACAAAAAUAAAAAUCCUUCAUAAAAAAUAAUUCAUAGUCAUGGAUAUAGCGUUCGAUUAUCAAUUUCGACUCAUUCUGAUUGGAGACAGUACAGUUGGGAAAUCUAGUCUCUUGAAAUAUUUCACCGAUGGACGAUUUGCAGAAUAUCCACAGAUCAGUGAUCCAACAAUUGGAGUUGACUUUUUUGCUCACAUGAUGGAAGUUAAAGACGGAACCAGAAUCAAGCUUCAGCUGUGGGACACUGCCGGACAAGAGCGAUUUAGAUCUAUUACAAAAUCAUAUUAUAGAAAUUCAGUUGGCGUAUUGUUGGUUUAUGAUAUCUGCAAUCAUGCUAGUUUUGAACAUAUUCCAUUGUGGUUAUUAGAAGCAAAACGUCAUAUAGAACCUUAUAAACCAGUUUUUGCAUUGGUUGGAACUAAAUUAGAUUUAGUAACAAAUGGUGAAAACCGAGAAGUGAGCGUUGAAGAAGCCAAAAGAUUUUCUGAACAGCAUGGAUUGAUUUUCGUUGAGACAUCAGCGAGGACUGGAAUCAAUGUCAGAGAAAGUUUCGCUUUAGUCACUCAGGAGAUUUACAAUCGCAUCAAGAGCGGUGAAUAUAAAGUCGAGAAUGGUUGGGAUGGAAUUAAAACAGGUUUUCCACGAUCAAGUUCAUUAGACUUUAAUUUAGCAAUGGCAGAACCUGCAAAAAGUUCAUGCUGUUAAACAUUUAACAAUUUUAAUCUGUUCUGAUAUUUCUUUUUAAUUCAUUUUAUUUGUUUGGUUUGAAGAGCAAAUUCUCAAGAAAUUUAAUCAAUUACAUUCUUUUGUAUUAAAUACAUAAUUAAUAGAACUAUCCAAUUACCAAUGAUGUAGUACCUAAAUAAUGUAAAAGAAAAAUUAUGAAAAUGAACAAAAAGGGCAUAAAGGAAGACAUUUUUAUAGUACAGCGAGGAAAAUUGUUUUGAGAAUUUCAUCUUAUGUUAGUACAAUUUGUAUUUUUGUUUUGUAAAUAAAUAAAUUUGG